CAUGUUUUCUAUUCAUUCACUCCAAGGCGUAAGAAGUGUUUUUUUUGUACUUGCAAUUCGCAGAAAGUUGAUUUGUACAUUUUUGUAAUUAUUUCUCUCAUUCUCACUUCUUGCAAAAGAUAAAAACUAACGAGAUAAAAAUGGAUGCAUUGGAUUUAAUUGAAAAGCGAAUCGAUAAUUUGAAUCGAAUUUUGGGAACAUUGCCAUCGGAAAAUGAGCCCAGCAAUGUCCAGACAGAAACAUUGACCGAGUCACUAUUGUCGGCAUCGCAAUUGCUAUCGAGUGCAACGAGCGGUCGUGAUGCAAUCAAUAAAUUUACCGAACGUUCAGCCGAAUUGGAAAAAUAUUUGGAUCCGAAUUUCGUCGAAGAACAACAAGACAUUCGCGCAAAAGAGGUUUAUUUGCAAAUGAUGGCGCCAGAAUUGCAAGAAACAUUUCGUCAAUUGGAACAAAUUAAGCAACUGGAACCCACAUUGGGUGCCGAAUACUUCCGUUCGAUGCCAGAUGUCACCGAUAAACUCAAAGCAAUGAAUGAAACCACAUCCGAUUUGGGUCAAAAGAACGACCUCCUGGAAGAGAGCCUUACACUGGCCAUGCAACGUUACGAUGAAAUUCACAAUUCAUUAAAGGACUCCUUGCGUUCAAUGAACGAUCGCAUUGUCCGCAUGGAAGAACGUAUGAACAAAAAGAAACCAUUAAACGAAGAUAUUUAAAUAAAAUACACGAACAUAAUAUUCUAAAUUAAACUAUUGAAA